AUGGCCGGAGCAACGGCGAGAAUUCCGACGAGGCACCGGAUUUUGACGUGGGGUAAUGUUGAAAUCGGGAAUUCUAGAGACCCUGUGAUGAAUUUGUCCAGCACAGUUUUUGGGUUUCUUGAGGAAGAGGGCCAAGGGUCUCUAGAGAGUAUUAGUAGUGAUGACUAUGGUGACAAUGAUGUUAUGGAGUAUAACGAAGAGAGAGAAAACUCAGCAAGUGUUGGGGACAAGAAGAGCUUCUGGGAGACACAGCACCAACUUUUACAGGCUACAUUACGUAGGACUAGUUCUUUAGAAACUAGGAUCCGAAAUGCCACUAAAGAAGCUAUUAAGGAGUUUCAACUGGCUGAGAACGUGUGUAUUUGCCUGAGACCGGUGGCGACUGGUUGCCGGAACUGUCUGAUGAGAGAGGUAUGCAGUCGUCUUCAAAAUGCUGGUAUCAACAGUGCAAUUUGCAAGUCUAAGUGGAGCAGCUCACCGGACAUUCCAUCAGGUAAACACACCUUCUUGGACGUUGUGGAUAGUUCAAAUUCUAAGAAAACAGAACCGAUCAGAGUAAUAAUCGAGUUGAAUUUUCGAGCUGAGUUUGAGAUGGCGAGAGCAAACGAAGAAUACAACCAACUAAUAAACAUGCUUCCUGAAAUUUUUGUUGGAAAAGUCGAAAGAUUAUCAUCCUUAAUCAAGAUCUUAUGCUCUAGUGCUAAGAAGUGCAUGAAGGAGAAGAGGAUGCACAUGGCACCAUGGAGGAAACAUAGGUACAUGCAAGCCAAAUGGCUUCGGACAUGCGAAAGGACAACGACGAAGACAACAUUGUCGCCAAUCGAAAACUCGAUCCGGCCGGUUAGACCUAGGGCAUCCAUGCUUACAGUCGACUUGCUAGAGAACUUGUCCAAUUUGCAUUGUACAGUAGUUAAAGUUGUGUGA